AACCUUAUCCUGAAGAAAGGGGGAAAAAAUAUUAAUUUUCAAUUUUUUAUCAUUUUCUCGGGAAAAAGAAAGAAUUUUCUUUUCUAGAUCUAGUCUUUACGAUCAUGGAGAUGGAGAGCGUGACGGAGUUUCCUCAUACGCAUAUGGAUCGGCGACCUAGAAAGCGGCCGCGAUUGGGAUGGGAUGUAACUCAGUUGCCGCCGCAGGCUCAGGUAGGAAUGUUUUAUUCACAAGAGAUUUGGAAUGUGACAAGCGUUGCUUCUACUGCAAAAGCACCCUCAGAUUGUGCUAGUACUAUUACUACUAGUUCUUCUGUAGUUCUAAAUGGUGGAGUUGCUCGAAACGGUUCUCCCCCGUGGCGAGAAGAUGACAAAGAUGGGCAUUACAUGUUUGAGCUUGGAGAUAAUUUAACCUCUCGCUAUAAGAUACAGAGUAAAAUGGGUGAAGGUACUUUUGGUCAGGUUUUAGAAUGCUGGGAUAGAGAGAGGAAGGAGAUGGUUGCUAUCAAAAUUGUUCGUGGAAUUAAGAAAUAUCAUGAAGCAGCCAUGAUAGAAAUUGAGAUGCUGCAACAGCUUGGGAAACAUGAUAAAGGUGGCAAUCGUUGUGUGCAAAUACGGAACUGGUUUGACUAUCGUAACCAUAUCUGUAUUGUGUUUGAGAAGCUUGGACCAAGCUUAUACGAUUUUCUACGGAAUAACAAUUAUCGCUCAUUUCCCAUUGAUCUUGUCCGCGACAUUGGCAGACAACUAUUGGAAUGUGUAGCAUUCAUGCAUGAUUUGCGUCUGAUACAUACGGACUUGAAACCAGAAAAUAUUCUUCUUGUCUCUCCAGAGUGUGUCAAAGUUCCUGAUUACAAGGGUACAUCAAGAUUUCCAAAAGGUAGUUCUUACUUUAAAAGGUUGCCAAAAUCAAGUGCCAUUAAGGUAAUAGAUUUUGGUAGCACUACUUAUGAGCGUCAAGAUCAGACUUACAUUGUGUCAACACGACAUUAUCGUGCUCCAGAGGUUAUUCUUGGACUGGGAUGGAGUUACCCUUGUGACAUAUGGAGUGUUGGCUGCAUCUUAGUUGAAUUAUGCACGGGUGAGGCAUUGUUUCAAACACAUGAGAAUCUGGAGCACCUUGCCAUGAUGGAGCGGGUGUUGGGUCCACUACAUCAGCACAUGUUGAAGAGAGUAGAUCGACAUGCGGAGAAGUAUGUUAGAAGUGGUAGACUGGAUUGGCCAGAUGGUGCUGCAUCAAGGGAUAGUAUGAGAGCUGUUCUUAAGCUACCUCGUCUUCAGAACUUGAUAAUGCAGCAUGUGGACCAUUCGGCUGGGGAUCUAAUCCAUCUAUUGCAGGGGUUGCUUAGGUAUGACCCUAUUGAUAGGCUCACUGCUCGUGAAGCUCUAAGGCAUCCGUUUUUUAGCGGGGACAAGUUUAGGCGAUGAGCGUGCGAUAUGCUUCACUUUGUAAAUUGUAUCAAACAUUCAGUUACAUGAAAAUUGUAUCAUUAGUUGGAUUGAAUAUACCUUUUUAUAAAUUAUCCUGCCCAUGUCGUUGUUUUUUCAA